AUGCGUACAUUUGUGGUCCUGUGCUCGCUCAUCUCUGCUACCUACGCAGGCAGUCUGGGUUAUAACUAUGGUCCAGCGAUCGAUGGCGGUUUGGGCGGUCUGAGUGGCGGUCUGAGCGCCGGUCCCAGCUUUGGCGGUAUCGCUCCUUCUGGACCUAGCUAUGGUGGUCUUGGUGCUGCUGGCCCCAGUUACGGAGGUGUUGGUGCUGCUGGACCAAGCUACGGUGGUGUCGGUGCUGCUGGUCCCAGCUAUGGUGGUGUCGGUGCUGCAGGUCCCAGUUUUGGUGGUGUUGGUGCUGUAGGUCCCAGCUUUGGUGGUGUUGGUGCUGCUGGUCCCAGUUAUGGUGGCCCUGCUGCUGCUGGCCCCAGUUACAGCGGUCCAGUUGCCUCUGGUCCCAGCCAUAGCGCCCCCGCUGAAGUCAACAAGGAAUUCUUCUCGUACACUGCUCCCGAACAUGAAUUCAAUGAUGUUGGCGACAGUGGUCCACUUGCUAACUCCCUCAAGAAGAACGUGCGUGUUGUCUUCAUCAAGGGACCUGAAAACACUGGACUUGAGAACGCCGCUGUGCAAUUGGCCAAAUCGGUCGGCGAGGAUCGUACCGCCAUCUAUGUGCUCAGCAAACAGGCUGAUAUCGGCGAUUUGGCUAACAAAUUGCAGUCGCUCAACCUCCAGAACACAAACAAACCCGAAGUGCACUUCGUCAAGUACAAGACCCCGGCUGAUGCGGACAAUGCUCAACGCGCUAUCCAGUCGCAAUACGAUGGAUUGAGUGGUCCUUCUAGCAGCCAGAACGGUGGUGUUGCACCCGUGUUGGACUUCGCAUCGAAGGGACCUGCAUCAGCUGGACCAGCUGCCCAACAAUACGGUGGCGCACCAGUUGGCGGUGUCGAAAACACUUACUUGCCCCCAAACAAACGCGUGUAA